AUGACAGAGAUUUAUUCGGGCCUCCACGUGGGCCAGCGGUUCUCCUCGUUGGAGGAUUUCAAGGGAGUGGUACGGAGUAUCUCUGUGAGACAGCAUUGGGAGCUCCGGGUUACGCGGAGCAACAAGAAAAGCGUGGUGAUAGGCUGCCGGUCCUCCAACAGCUGCUUCUUUCGCGUUGUCUGUCGCGCGAACCGGAACGCGACCUAUAUCAGCAGUCUUCAGGACAGUCAUAGCUGUCGGCGAAAUGCGACUUCCACGACCAAAACCCCAGCGCGAUCAGAGGCCUCACAUGUACGGUUUUUGCUCAAUGAGAUACCCAAACUCUUUGAUAUGGAAAAAGAAGAAGUCAAAGCGCAAAAGAUCGUCGACCGGGUCAAACGCUACCAUGGAUAUGAUAUCUCGACUAGACAGGCCCAGCGGGCUCUGAUCAGAUUGCAGCAGCGCGGUUCACAAAACCAAAGUGAUGCGGCCAAUUCGUCGAGCGGGGAGGGGGAGGACCGACAAGAAAGUCAGCCUCCGACGACUGUUGAAGGGCAAACUGAGAGCCCAGCCUUUAGUGGAAUGCCAGGCCAGCGAUGGGUGCCUGAGUCCGCACAGCCAAGCCAGAUGGAAGGGAUCCAGCAGCAACCGCCGCCGCCCCAGACCGAAGGCGUCCAUAACCCAACUCUCCAGGCACCUCCUCUACACGGACAACCCGCGCAGCCACAGCCUAUCCAAUCAACUCCACAGCUACAACAUCUGCAACGCGUGCGACCUUCAAUACAAGGGCAACCACAACAAUCCUUGCCUCCGCCCACCCCUCCUAUACAGCCCCCGGCGGUUCUGAACCAUGAGGCGGUAUCUAUGAAUCACACACUACACCCACAGCCUAACGCUCAACCACCAUCGUUCCCUCAUCAUUCCCCAAGUCAACCACUCCCACAACAGCCCGUGCGGCCAAGGUCUCCAACGCAGACUCCGCAGAAUGGGCAUCCCUCCGCUCCUCAGUUAGUGCUUACAAACUUCAAGAUCGAAUUCACGUGUACGACCUGCGGAUCGCUCAAUCAGAGCUUUUUCCCUAACCAGGGACACGUAACCGGUGGACACUACAUGCCUCCACGUCCGGCACACGACCAUGCUGUGAUUCCCGCAGGUGCCGGCCCACCAGUGCCAGUUGGCACUGCGCAGGGUAGCGCCGAAGGUGCAGCCGAACGCAUGAACGAAGCGCACAGAUAUGACAGAGCUCGUAUGGCUAAUGUGCAUGGAGCUCCCACCGGUUGGGCGCCAGCUGGGGUGGUACCGUUGGAUGUCCCAAUGGCGCCGCCGCAUACUCAACAUAGCCCUACGUAG